CUGCUGUUUAGCUCACGUGUUUGUCUGUAACAAUAGGAUUCAUUCACUGGCAUUUCCCCAUUCACUCACUGCAUCGCUGCGUUAUUUUAUAUGAUCGGCAGCCCCAGCAGCAGCAGCAGUGACACAGGCAGCCAGUGAGCUCAGCAUGGACAGCAGGAGAUCCAACUGGAACAAGGAAGAUGAUCUCCCUGUGUAUCUGGCCAGGCCGGGGACCACCGCGCAGACCCCCCGAGUCAAGUAUGGGGGGAUGUUCGCUAAUGUAGAAGGGGCCUAUGAAAACAAAACCAUUGAUUUUGAUGCGUACAGCGUGGGGAAGAAAGGGACCCGCACCCCCAGGAGCAGCAGCAGACCCGACAUGGACGGAGACAAUUUCAGCGAGACAGCCAGCGAUGUGAGUGAGAUCUCCGGCUCCGUCAUCAGCUCCCCCGGGGAAAGAGACGACAGAACCCCCGGUAUUGAGAUCAAGUACACAGGAGGCAAGGAGCUGCUACAGGGACAGGACAAUGGCAAGAGCGACAGACUUCUGAUAAAAGGAGGACGACUUAUUAACGACGACCAGUCUUUCUAUGCAGAUGUCUACCUCGAAGAUGGGCUUAUCAAGCAAAUAGGAGAGAACCUGAUUGUUCCAGGCGGAGUCAAAACAAUCGAGGCCCAUGGGCGCAUGGUUAUUCCCGGUGGAAUAGAUGUGAACACUUACCUACGGAAGCCCUACCUGGGUAUGAGCACCUUGGAUGACUUCUACCAAGGCACAAAAGCUGCUGUGGCCGGCGGUACCACCAUGAUCAUUGACCACGUUGUUCCAGACCCUGGAUCCAAUCUAUUGGCCUCUUUUGAAAAGUGGCACGAGGUAGCCGACACCAAAUCUUGCUGUGAUUACUCUCUUCAUGUGGACAUCACCAGCUGGUACGAUGGAAUCCGAGAGGAACUGGACAUCCUGAUUCAAGACAAAGGUGUCAAUUCUUUUCAGGUGUACAUGGCCUACAAAGAUCUAUACCAAAUGACCGACAGCCAGUUGUAUGAAAUCUUUAUGUACCUCAAGGGACUUGGUGCUGUAAUAAUGGUCCAUGCUGAAAAUGGAGACUUAAUAGCUCAGGAACAAAAGCGGAUAUUGGAAAUGGGAAUAACUGGCCCAGAAGGACACGCUCUAAGCCGGCCGGAGGAGCUUGAAGCGGAGGCAGUUUUCCGAGCCAUAACCAUAGCUAGUAGAAUUAAUUGCCCCGUGUACAUAACCAAAGUGAUGAGUAAAAGCGCUUCCGAUGUGAUCGCACAAGCCAGGAAAAAAGGUGCUUUAGUGUUUGGAGAGCCAAUCACAGCAAGUUUAGGGACGGACGGUACCCACUACUGGAGCAAAAACUGGGCCAAAGCUGCGGCCUUUGUCACGUCACCUCCUUUAAGCCCAGACCCCACCACGCCGGAUUACUUGAACUCGCUUUUAGCUUGUGGGGACCUGCAGGUUACGGGCAGCGGACACUGCUCUUACAGCACGGCCCAAAAAGCUAUAGGAAAAGAUAAUUUUACUCUGAUUCCAGAAGGAGUCAAUGGAAUUGAGGAACGGAUGUCGAUUGUGUGGGACAAAGCUGUGGCAACUGGUAAAAUGGAUGAGAACCAGUUUGUUGCAGUCACUAGUACAAAUGCUGCCAAAAUAUUUAACCUGUACCCAAGAAAAGGUCGAAUUGCAGUUGGUUCAGAUGCUGAUGUGGUUAUUUGGGAUCCAGACAAGAUUAAGACAGUCUCUGCAAAAACGCACAAAUCUGCUGUAGAAUACAACAUCUUUGAAGGCAUGGAGUAUCGUGGCGCUCCCCUGGUGGUUAUAAGCCAAGGAAAGAUGGUCUAUGAAGAUGGAAACCUGCAUGUUAACCAGGGCAUGGGGCGGUUCAUACCUCGGAAACCAUUCCCUGAAUAUAUUUACCAGCGCAUCAAAAUCAGGAACAAGGUGGCAGGAUUAGAACCGGUGUCACGUGGGAUGUACGAUGGGCCUGUGUAUGAAGUUCCAGCUCCUCCUCCCAAGUACGUAACUCCAGCUCCAUCGGCCAAAUCCUCACCUUCCAAAACUCAGCCUCCUCCAAUCAGGAACCUUCACCAGUCCAACUUCAGUUUAUCAGGUGCACAAAAAGACGAUAUCAACCCUCGCCGCACAGGGCAUCGUAUUGUUGCUCCACCUGGUGGUCGUUCAAACAUCACAAGCCUUGGUUGAUGGAUCUGCCUCAAGACAACAAAAGAAUCUCACCACUGGAACAUUGUUCCUAUCUGUGUCAGUGUUAUUGAGCCCUCACAUUUUUGGUACUACUGAACAUGGUCUGUUUUGUAUAGAAAGGGAUGGUCGUUGUGUGGUUAAAUGCUUGGAACUAUUUUCUCCCACCUCCCCUUCCCUCACACUUGUGCAUAGUCAUCCCAUCACCUCGGGCAUCAGAUCCGUCUCCAACACAUUGCACCAAAAUGUGACGGCGACCCCUCUGACGCCCUCACUGGCGAAAGCAUGGAAACGCCCAUUACUGUUGUAGAGUAGAGACUUCAGCUUUGUCUUUGUGACUCAUGAUAGUCCAUUUGCACCAUUUAGAUGUCUUUGGGUGAGCAGUGCAUGGCCUUCUGUUAUUUAUUUCUUCUCCGUAGGUCUGUGAUUGAGUUUCCAUUGAAGCCAACAAGCUGUCCUAGACACGAUGCCAAGGCCCAAGUUUGCCACGAUAACUAAGAAAUGUGAACAAUAUUAUGUAUAGUGUAGAAUGCUAAAUGUAUCAUGUCUCAUUUCCAUUAGCCAGAAGACUUUCGUAGAAGCCACAGCUCAUGUGAGCCGACCCAUCUCAUUGUACAGUUAAUGUAUUCUUAUCAUUGUAAACCAAUUCCAAUCACAGAUUCGUACAACACUUUUUGUUUUCGCCGGGCAACCAAAUAGUCUUGCUCGUGCAGCGUUUUGAUACGGUCGGUACAGAUUGAUUUUUAAGUUUUUUUUGUACAAAGUUUUCCUUUGUAUUCACAUGCAUUUUUACUUACGGUUCUGUAUGAAGUUCUAGAUGUGACUCGAUGAAUGACUUCAACGCUUGUGAAAUAAAUAACACAGAAUAA